AUGGACGGGGCGCCGCUGGCCGAGGGGUCGGCGGCCCCCAACGCCUCGUGCAACGCCUCCGACGGCAACCGGUUCGAGCAGCCGGCGUGGCAGGUGGCGCUCUGGGCGGCGGCCUACGCGCUGAUCGUGGUGGUGUCGGUGGCGGGCAACGUGGUGGUGAUGUGGAUCAUCCUGGCCCACAAGAGGAUGCGCACCGUCACCAACUAUUUCCUGGUCAACCUGGCCUUCGCCGAAGCCUCCAUGGCCGCCUUCAACACCCUCGUCAACUUCACCUACGCCGUCCACAACGUCUGGUAUUACGGCCUCCUCUACUGCCGCUUCCAAAACUUCUUCCCGGUCGCCGCCGUCUUCGCCAGCAUCUACUCCAUGAUGGCCAUCGCCGUGGACAGAUACAUGGCCAUUAUCCACCCAAUGCAACCACGGUUAUCAGCCACAGCCACCAAAUUUGUCAUCUGUGUCAUAUGGCUACUGGCUUUGUUGUUAUCAUUCCCACAAGGUUACUAUGCAAAAACAGAAAAAUUCCCAGACCGGGUGGUGUGUCUAGUGGAUUGGCCAGAAAAUCAUACCCGGGUCUAUCAAUUAACGUACCACUUCUCUGUGACCGCGCUAAGUUAUAUCUUACCGCUCAUAGUGAUAGGCUUUGCCUACACUAUGGUUGGCAUUACGCUAUGGUCUAGUGAGAUACCGGGGGACUCUUCGGACCGCUACCAUGAACAGGAGUCUGCCAAGCGCAAGGUGGUGAAGAUGAUGAUCAUCGUGGUGUGCACCUUUGCCUUCUGCUGGCUGCCCUUCCAUAUCUACUUCAUCUUGCUGCAUAUUAAUGAAAGCUGGUAUGAGCAAAAGUAUAUUCAGCAGGUCUACUUAGCAAUCUUAUGGCUGGCCAUGAGCUCCACUAUGUACAACCCAAUUAUUUACUGUUGUCUCAAUGAAAGGUUCCGGAUUGGGUUCAAGCACGCUUUCCGGUGGUGCCCUUUCGUCAAUUCUAGCAGGUAUGAAGGGCUGGAAAUGAAAUCAGCCCGGUACCUCCAGACCCAGAGCAGCAUGUACAGGGUCAGCCGGAUGGAAACCACCGUCUCUUCUGUCAUCGGCAACCCGGAGGAAGACCUUGAGGACAGCAGCAAAAUGAAGCGUCUCUCUGUGGAUCUGACCUCCAACGGCUCUUCCCGCAGCGACUCUAAGACCGUGUCAGAGAGUUUGAGCUUCUAUUCCAACACACUUUCCUAAGCAACCCAUCCCUCCGAGCAAAGGCAACCAAAACAUGUGUCUCAGUCACAAGUGUGACUUGAUUUCCAUCUCCCGUAAUGAAAUCACGGUUACUUGUAAAGAAAAAAAAAAUGGUCCCAUCCUUUCCAGCACUGAUCAUGAGUGGAGCUUUCCUUCCUUUGUGAUAUCUGCUGUGACGUCCUGUCUGGUGACUCAAAUAAUGACCUUCAUGAACGAGUGGGUUCUUGUUGACGGAUCCUGUGUCGUGGUGCUUUU